CCACAUUUUAUCAUCAGUGAUUGCCCAUUGUUGUUAUGUUAUUUUGUUACAACCUAUUCCUUACAUAGAAUUAUAUUGCAUGCAAUAUUGCUAUCUUAUUCGGCACUCCCGAUGAUUGAACACAGACUUUAAAGUUUAAACAUUAAGUAAUUGUCUGGACAGCCCUCGUUUGUACUCGUGAAGAAGAUUUUUUGAUUUUCUAAAAAAAAACUGCAAUAUUUCAAAAUGUCAAGCGACUCGAUUAAAUCGUUCAACAGCGUCGAAACUCCAGGGUUUGUCGGUUUUGCCAAUUUGCCCAAUCAAGUGCAUCGCAAGUCGGUUAAAAAAGGAUUCGAAUUCACACUAAUGGUCGUUGGCGAAUCAGGACUCGGCAAAUCGACGUUAGUCAACAGUUUGUUCUUAACGGACUUGUAUCCAGAGCGUAACAUUCCGGACGCUGUUGCAAAAACCAAACAGACAGUUAAGUUGGAUGCGUCGACUGUAGAAAUCGAAGAGCGCGGUGUUAAAUUACGGCUGACCGUAGUCGAUACACCUGGAUUUGGUGAUGCUAUAGACAAUUCAGAUAAUUUCCGUGCAAUUAUUCAUUACAUCGAUGAACAGUAUGAACGAUUUUUGAAAGACGAAAGUGGUUUGAAUCGACGACACAUAAUUGACAACCGUGUUCAUUGUUGCUUCUAUUUUGUUUCUCCGUUUGGUCACGGAUUAAAACCAUUAGAUAUAGAAUUAAUGAAAAAAUUGCAUAACAAAGUUAAUAUAGUACCAGUUAUUGCCAAGUCUGAUGUCCUCACCAAAAAAGAGAUACAAAAGUUGAAGACUAAGAUCUUGCAAGAAAUAGAAGUAAAUGGUAUUAAAAUUUAUCCUCUGCCCGAUUGUGAUAGUGAUGAAGAUGAAGAUUACAAAGAACAAGUAAAACAGUUAAAAGAGGCAGUGCCGUUUGCAGUUUGCGGGGCCAAUCAACUUUUAGAAGUUCGUGGUAAAAAAGUUCGAGGUAGAUUUUAUCCGUGGGGCGUCGUUGAAGUUGAAAAUCCAGAUCAUUGCGACUUCAUCAAAUUACGUACCAUGCUCAUCACUCAUAUGCAAGAUCUCCAGGAAGUAACUCAAGAAGUGCAUUAUGAAAACUAUCGCUCGGAACGUUUGGCCAAGGGGAUACCAGUGCCAAAGAGAACUACUUCGCUUCCUGACCACGAAAAGAAUGCCGGAAACGAAAAAGAUCGAAUUCUGCAAGAAAAAGAAGCCGAAUUAAAACGUAUGCAAGACGUAAUUGCUAAAAUGCAAGCCCAAAUUCAACAACAGACGCCUUAAAUAAACACCGUAAAAGAUACCUACAGCAUUUAAUCAUAAUCAACUUUUAGUUUUUAGACUCAUAAUUAUAAAUAGAGAACGCGAUAUAUUUUGUACUAAGACAUUUUUUAUUUUAUUUUUAUUAAAAUUCAAAAAAUCCUAAAUUAUUGUUUUAGUUACCCUACUUUUAUAUUAAUACAUAGAUAGAACGUGUAAUAAUAUUUAAGGAAAACAAUUUUUAUACAAUAACUAAAAAUCUCUAUUAUUAUUUUUAUUUCUCGAUUUGUUCAAAACUGACUUAUUAUUAUGACUUUUUCUAAAGUUUGUACUAAAACCAAAUGAUUGACUGUUUGGAUUUACGAUAAUUAUUUAAUUACAUUCAAUGUAAAUGACUAACUAGUAAUUAAUAAUUAGUAUUAUGUCAUGUACAAAAUUGUUUUGUAAUUAAUCUGAUAUUAUCAC